GGGUAAGUGGCCUUUCCUGACCGGGCCUGGUGGGGAGGCCCUGAGGGGAGACCGGAGUCAAGCCUGGGCUUGUGGAAGGGGGCGGAGGCCGGGAGCGUCGGGCUCCAGGCCGCUGCCGGAAUCUCCAAGGUCUGCAGUCUGGUUGAAAGAUGUCAGUCCUCACUACCCUGUUUAAGUAUGUUGAUGAAAACCAGGAUCGCUUCGUUAAGAAACUUGCGGAAUGGGUAGCCAUCCAGAGCGUCUCUGCAUGGCCCGAGAAGAGAGCGGAGAUCCGAAGGAUGAUGGACGUGGCCGCUGCAGACAUCAAGCAGUUGGGUGGCUCUGUGGAACUGGUUGAUAUUGGAAAGCAGAAGCUCCCUGAUGGCUCGGAGAUACCACUCCCUCCCAUUGUACUUGGCACACUGGGCUCCGAUCCCCAGAAGAAAACGGUGUGUGUUUAUGGACAUCUGGACGUGCAGCCGGCAGCCCUGGAGGACGGCUGGGACAGCGAGCCCUUCACCUUGGUGGAGCGAGACGGCAAAUUGUACGGAAGAGGCGCAACUGAUGACAAGGGGCCGGUGGCCGGCUGGAUGAAUGCCCUGGAAGCCUUUCAGAAAACGAAUCAAGAAAUCCCUGUCAACAUCCGAUUCUGUCUGGAAGGCAUGGAGGAGUCCGGCUCCGAAGGCCUGGACGAUCUGAUCUUCGCCCGAAAAGACACGUUCUUCAAAGAUGUGGACUACGUGUGCAUUUCUGACAACUACUGGCUGGGCAAGAAGAAGCCCUGCAUCACCUAUGGUCUCAGGGGCAUUUGCUACUUCUUCAUCGAGGUGGAAUGCAGUGACAAAGACCUGCACUCGGGGGUGUACGGGGGCUCGGUGCACGAGGCCAUGACGGAUCUCAUUACGCUGAUGGGCUGCCUGGUGGACAGGAAAGGGAAGAUCCUCGUGCCCGGCAUCAGCCAGGCGGUGGCCCCCGUGACACAGGAGGAGCUGGAGCUCUACGACAAGAUCGACUUCGACAUGGAGGAGUACGCCAGGGACGUGGGGACAGACACCCUGCUGCACGGCUGCAAGACAGACAUCCUGAUGCACAGAUGGCGGUACCCAUCCCUCUCCCUCCACGGGAUUGAAGGAGCCUUCUCUGGGUCGGGGGCCAAGACCGUGAUUCCGAGGAAGGUGAUCGGCAAGUUCUCCAUCAGGCUCGUGCCAGACAUGACUCCCGAGGUUGUCAGCAAGCAGGUUACAAGCUACUUGACUAAGAAGUUUGCUGAACUGCACAGCCCCAACAAGUUCAAGGUGUACAUGGGCCACGGUGGGAAGCCCUGGGUAUCUGACUUCAACCAUCCACAUUACUUGGCUGGGAGAAAAGCUCUGAAAACAGUGUUUGGUGUUGAGCCGGACUUAACCAGGGAAGGUGGCAGUAUUCCUGUGACUCUGACUUUUCAGGAGGCCACAGGCAAGAACGUCAUGUUGCUGCCUGUAGGGUCAGCCGAUGACGGUGCCCACUCGCAGAAUGAAAAGCUCAACAGGCAUAACUACAUCGAAGGAACCAAAAUGCUGGCUGCAUACCUGUAUGAAGUGUCUCAGCUGAAGAACUGAGAUUGUGUUCCUUGGAGCGACGCUGAAGGAAUCUUGCCCUCCACCCUCUCCUCUCUGAUCGCUCAGGAAAGCUGUCGUCUGUCUCCUUUCCCUCUUGUCAGACCACACAGAGUCCCGAGAGUGGACAGGGGGCACCACCUGUUUCUCGAAUGGCGUUACCUGUACCAGGCAGUUAAGGCUGUUUAGCCCCGAGACUUGUGAAUGACUCUGAAUGAUAGCUGAGUUCCCAGUGGUCAGCACGACCUGGUCGCCAGAAAACAGCCAAAGUCUGACAGCAUGACUUCUUCUGUAGAAGGUUCUGGUUGGCAUCCUGUUGGGCUAAACAGGCCUUGGUGCUUUCUGGUGCCGUCUCUGCCCCUUGACUCAGGGUCAGGCACACUUGGAAUAUCUGUCAGGGCAUCUGACGCCUCGAGGGGCCUCCCUUACUGAUCCCUUGCUGUCAUGUGCGGCUCUGUCCUUUCUGAAGACGUAUCCAUUACUGACAUCUCCUGUCUUUAUUCACCCUCACAACCUGAACCUAACUGGAGGGGUUAUUUGGUCCCAGUCUGUGCUGAUGAAUAAAAAGUACGAGUGAAGC